AUGGUUGAUAUGGAAGGAGAAGAAGGUGAGACAUGUUGUGAGGGUGAUGUAUUAAGUGUAUGUGCUUGUAUACGUAUACCGGAUAGAGGUGGUUAUCGUCGCCGUAAGAGUGAUACAUUGAUAAUGAGCAAUGAUACGGAUGAGGAUGAUGAGACAUGCUCGUUGGGGCAAAUUUGUGUCAAAUGGACGACGUUAGUGACGAUUUGUUGA